UGGACCUCCAUUGUGCUGCUGCAUCCUCGUCUCUCCCUCUGUUAAAUGGAGGAACUGCGUUUUAUGUUAUUAUAAACGCAGCCUAUUGAAUGCAUCCAAGCGUCUGCUGGUUAGUAGCAUCACUAGGCCCGCAUUCACUGUCAGGUGAAGCAGUGUGUGUGUGUGUGACCCGACUCACUUCUCCUUCAUGCCCGUGUGUGCUGGCGCUGUGGGCGGUGGAGUGAAGCGCUCGAGGCUCCUGGGAUGGGCAGCGUAGGGAGCGGGGCUUCCAGUCAGCGGCCCAUCACAAUGCGCAGCGUGGGAACCCGCACCACCCCAAACGGCCCGCUGGCGGCCGCACCGCCCCCCGCCUCGGCCCGCCGUCGCCUCGAUGACCGCAGCUUCAGCGCCGAGCGCAUCCCCGGCCCCAGCACCAAGACCAAGGGCGUCUCCGCCGACGAGCACAGCUACAACGCCGAGAGGGAUUUCCAUGCUAGCGCUCGCAACCACGCUGACACCGAGCGCACCGCGGCACACAACACCAACCGCCAGCAGACGCUCAACGGAGAGAGGCUGGUGUCCAACGUGGUGUUUGCCAACGGGGCACGGCGGGAAGGACACAGGCGCGGAGAGAGUUUGGACCUGUGUGGGAACAACAUCGUGCUGAACAACGACAAGAACGGCAGCCAAGCUCCACCGCAGCCGCCGCCGCCGCAGCACAAGGACAAGAGCAAAGCCAAACCCGAUAAUCACAACCCGCCCAACAUCCAGCCCGUCUCGGGAAAACUCGAACAUGCACAGACCAGUGACUCUCUGGUGCGUCCUUCAGCCUUCAAACCCGUGGUGCCCAAGAGCUUUCACUCCAUGCAGAACCUGGUGUGUCCCCUCCAGACCAGCUCUGGGACGACCGGUCAGAGCAGCAGCGGCGAGAAGAGCGGACCGAACCAGGACAGUCCCGGGACACACGGCGGUGCAGGCCGGGCCGGACAGGGCAGUCUGUCGGACUCCGGGAGGAACUCUCUGACCAGUCUGCCCACGUACACAGGCUCCAGCUACGGCCCACCGCCCGCUCUCGGACCCCUCAGUGCCUCCACCAGUCACAUCAACCGGCUGGGCACCGUCGCCCUGGACAAACUGGACAAGCCGGGCUACCAGAACGGCCUGAGCGCCUCGGACAGCGGCCGCUCCUCCUCAGGCAAGAGCUCCUCCUCGUACCAGCGCCUCAGUCACCUGAGCGACGCUCCCGCGCCCCUGAGACCCUCUCCGUCCUCCGACGACGUGAUUCAGGACCUGGAGGAGCGACUGUGGGAGAGAGAGCAAGAAGUAAGUGAGGUGAUCCACAUGAGACGUAACCUGGACCAGAGCGAGGCGGCUAUAGUGCAGGUGUUCGAGGAGAAGCAGCGCGUGUGGGAGCGAGAGAUGGAGGAGCUGAGGCAGAACUACGCCGGGCGUCUGCAGCAGGUGACCCGACGGGCCCAGCGCACCCAGCAGGCUCUGCAGGCACAGAUCGCCCGUCUGCAGCAGGACAAGCGGCGUCUGCAGGACGAGAUGACACUGCUGCUCGCUCAGAGAGAGGAGCUGGAGAAGAAGUGCUUGGACUUCAGGAAGGAGCAGGCCGAUAUCCUGCCCAGACUGGAGGAGACCAAGUGGGAGGUGUGUCAGAAGGCGGGCGAGAUCUCUCUGCUGAAGCAGCAGCUGCGUGAGAGUCAGGGCGAGGUGACGCAACGCGCCGGAGAGAUGGUGGCCCUCAGGGGUCAGCUGAAGGAGCUCAACGCCCAGCUGAGAGAGAGAGAGGAGGCCGAGAUCAGCCUCAAAGAGUCCUUCUGCACCAAGACCCUGGAGCUGGAGCGCUGCGAGGCCGAGCUGCAGAGCAUGCUGGCCGAGGUGGCAGUGCUGCGAGACAAGCUGAGUGCGUUUGAGACGGAGGUGGCACGGCUGAAGAAGGCCCUCAGUGAACUCAGCAGUAGCUCCAGUCGCUCCAGUGAGCCCAGUCUGACCGGUGUGGGUCCGCUGGUGGCUUCCCGAAGCCGAGAGCAUCUUCUGUCCCCUCCGGAGACACCCACGUCCCUCCCGGCGUUCCCGGCGCUCCCGGCUCCAGACCCGAUGCUCUCGCUGCAGAGCGACGACUCCAAGGCGCAGCGGCAGGAUUCGGGCGACCUGCGGCGUCAGCUGGAGCGACUGCAGGGCGAGCUGCGUCUGGAGCGACAGCAGCGAGAGCGACAGGCGCUCACCUUCGCUCAGGAGCGCCAGACCUGGCAGGACGAGAAAGAGCGCGUGCUGAAGUACCAGGCGCAGCUGCAGCUCAGCUACGUGGAGAUGCUGCAGAAGAACCAGGCUCUGGAGGAGCGCGUGGACAAGCUGGGAGCCCAGGUCGUCUCGCCGUCACCGCCGGAGGCCUCCGUGUCCGUCUCCAUAUCCCUGACCUCUCCCACCCCACCAGUGGAGGAGAAGAAGCUGCCGGAGAUGCACCAGCUGGCUCCGAUGUGGCCCGUGCCGACCCGCCUGGAGAGGAUCGAGUCAACGGAGAUCUAAUGCAUCCCUGAUUACAACUGCAUUCAGUACAAUCCAAAAACUGCUUCCGAGGACUGUCCAAGGAUGCCCUGCUUGUCUGGGGCAGGUGUGUGGGUUGAGGGCAGGUUCGUUGGGUAGCUAUGAGAGCGUGUGUGUGCGAGUGUGUGUGUGUGUGUGUGUGUGUGGCCUUAUCAGGAGGAGGUCAGUCGCCAAGCGGGAAACACUCAGGGGAUUCACGGACCGUUUCAGCUUUGUGUUUUUACAGGCGCGAGGGUUUAGGCGAUUAAGAAGUCACCGUCGCUCCUUAUAUGAUCACGGCAUCUUCUGUACUCUCCAGCAUUCAAACAAUCAAAACUAGAGAUCCCAGACUAACACUGCAGUCAGAUUCUCUUAAAGUGAAGAUCUCGCAUGGUGCUCAUCACGUUUAGGACCAAAUCUCAGUUCCCGUCUCGAGAGUGUUUAUGUCGAUGUUCGUCGGGCCGCAGAAAGUACACAGAGAUGCAGAAGAAAUGAAACUGAUUAUGCAUCUCAAGGCUGCAUUUAAUUGAUCAAAAAUUUGAGAUGUUAUUACAGUUUAGAAUAUCUGUGAAUAAAUAUGCAUUGCUGAAUUUGCAAAAUCCAGUGUCACAUGAUCCUUCAGAAAUCAUUCUACACUCUGAAAACAACAACAUCAAAAAAGUAAUGCAAUAGUUUGCAUGAAUGUUUUUGAGUUAUGACAAUUUGUAGCAUAAACAGUUUUUUAAUUGAUUACUCAAAAAAUAUUUUGGUACGAUUAAUUUAAACAUAUCUAUUAUCCAUAUCUAUUUUUUCAUCUGAUGCAAGCAUUUCAGUUUAAAUCACAUGCGAUAUUAAAUAUUUUAUAUUUCAUACUUUUUUAUUUUUAAAUGUAAAAGUUGAAAUUACACGCAGCUAUGUAAUCAGAAUUAAAAAAUUAUAAUAAAAAACGGAAUAUUAAGUCAAGUCGAAACUUCAGUUUAAAGUACAAUAAAUAUUAAAUGAAUGCAACGAUCUAGAUUAUUGUCAAUAGUUUUCAUUUUCAUAGACACCAUGAUGAUUUAAUUUUUUAGGAUUCACAGAUAAAUAGCAUUUAUUUAUUAAAAAAAAUAAAUUGCAUGACAUGAUAAAUGUCUUCACUGUCACUUUUGAUCAAUUUAAAGCGUCCUUGAUUAAUAAAAGUAUGAAAUCGUACAGACCCUGAGCUUUUGAAUGGUAGCGUAUCAGACUCAGAAUGCAUUGUUAUGAUGCACAAAGAGUUUCUCUUCUCAGAAUCCAGUGAAGUGAGCUGAUGUUUGCAUCCGUGUGCUCGUAUAGAGUAUGUUUGGAGGCCUGGUGUGGGACAGAGGAGCGCUCAACCCUCCUGCUCUAUUGCCCAAAGCAGCGGCGGAGGACGUGUAUUCAUUUCAACUCAGAACGGACUGUUUCACCUGAAUGUCGUUUUUGCCCUUUUCUAUGUUUUGAGCAAUGUGGAGUAAACUAGACGAGGGACUGGGAUUAAAGACAAGUCACUUUGUCAGUGCACUCAGACCACCCUGCUUGUAAACCGAGGUUUGGUUGAUGAAGCUGCUUGACUGAAGGACAGCGGCUGAGCCAAAACUGUGCAGAGUUUCCAUCUCCAAUUCGUCAACGGAUUAUAUUUGAAUAUGACUUCACAUUCUUCCACAAAGAGCAUAUAAUGUGUGUCAAUGUAUACUUACUGAAAGUAUCAUUUAGAGUAUUUGACUUUGAAAAUGUCAUAUGCAGUAGAUUGAAGUGAUGAUUUAAAUGUGUUGAAGCGAGUGCACAGACAUGACGAGGAAUAUCUGAAGGGUUUGUGAAGAUCAAAGUGUGAGGGUUGUGUGGUAGUUGACGAAUACGACGUGUACUGUUUCUGCAGUGUGUGUAUCAUGUGUCUUAUACAACAGAGCACACUCGGCGUGAUACUGUUUCCCACGAUGCAAAGUGUAUGGCUUGCAUUAACAGUGUGAUGAAUGAAAGAAUGGGAAUGUUGGUCAAAAUGCGAAAAAAUUUCAUGCAAUUACGAGUUUAAAUCUUGCAAAUCUGACUUUUGUCCUUGCAAUUCUGAGCAAAGGAAGAAUUACAAGAUAUAAAGUCAUUAUCGCAGAUAAAAAUGUGCAGGAAAGACUGAAUUUUGAGACAAAACAAGAACAAAACAUCUAUUUAUAUCAAUUUGGACUUUCUUUGCAAUUCAUUUCUUAAAAUUGCAAAAUAUCAGAAUUAUGAGAUUAUCGAUUGAAAAUGAUCUUUAAAUUAUCUCAGGAUUCUGUCUUUUUUUUACUUAGAAUUAUGACUGAAUUAUGAGAUAUUGAAGUGAUUAAUGUGAGACGAAAUGUCGGAACAGCGAGAUAUUAACUAAAAAUGUUGAUAUAUAAUCUUGCAAUAUUAAUUUUUAUUUGCAGUUCUAGCAAUUUUGACUUUUCAUCUAUACAUUUUUCUCGUUCAGAAUUGUGAAAUAGAAACUCAGAAGUUGUGAGAAAAAAAGAGUCAAGGUAACCAAGAAUUUUUCUCUUACACUUCUGACUUUUUUACCCAGUUGCAUCUUUACAUAUUGCAAUUCUGAGAAAAUGAAGAAUUGUGAGAUAUAAAGUAAUUAUUGCGAGAUAUAAACUCAGAAUUAUAAAAUAUAUGAUAAACGCAUAAUUCAGAGAUAAAAAUUCAAGCUAGUUUCUGCCACGGAAUACAUCUUAUUUUAUUUUUUAUUCCAAAAUUCAUACUUUUUUUCUCACAACUACUACUUUGCAUUAAUAUAUUUUUUAAAUCAGAAUUGUGAGAUUUUAAAAAAUCACAAUUACCUUUUAAUUUCUUUCUUCUGUUGUAGAAGCGUUCAUAGAAUGAAACAUGCCCUGUACGUUUUUUUUUAUGACGUAAAACAGGAUACAUUGUGCAAUGAAUAAAAACCAAUAUGUUGCCUUUUUAAUGCAAACGUGUGUAAAAGCAUCUAAUCAAACUGAGAAGGAUCGUAUGAUGAUAGUUCUGUCAUCACACUGGAGACAGAAGGUCAAGUGUGCAGUAUGUAGUGUGCUCUCUUGUAUAGAAACAGCACGUGUCGUAUGCAUGUAUGUUUAUGUGAACACGGUUAGAUAACAAAUGCACUACGGGAUCUGACGAGGGACAAACGCUAUUGUUUGCUUCUGUAAGUGGUAGACUUUUACAGUACACCUUUUGUCACAAAGUCUUGAAAUAAGCUACAGAAGAUAUUCCAUCGAACCAAAUCGAUAUUUCUUUAACCCCGCCACCCUUUUCGGUCUCAGCACUAACAAGCCAGGUUUUCUCUCUUUUGCAUAGAAACGAAUCUCGGAAACAAGCACAAACAUGCAUUCAGUAGACAUGCAAUAGAAAGAGUGACGUGGAGAACUCGUGCCUCUUCUGUCCCAUCAUGCCAUAUCUGAGAUAAUCACUGCAGCUUUAUGACACUAGGUGUUAGGAGAGAGAGCUUUAGAUGGACGCUGUCUCUGGCCACACUCUUUUGCUGCUAUGUGCUUCUUCUGUUGUGUUCUUGCUAGAGACAAAGGCAUGUAAAUAUCACUGUUCCUUCUGUGUACAGAACUAUUCUAUCCAAAUAUACCGAGCUAAUGCGUGUGAAUACUUUUGUGAAGUAAUGAGACUGACAUGUCAGCUUUUAUUUUUCAGAACUAUUAAUAUAGGCUUAUAAUAUACAUAUAUGAAUCCUAAAAGCUUCGAUGAUCGGCUAUAUCACAGUGACGUCAUACAGAGUCCGAUGUCUCUUCUCUUUCUGGAUGGGUGCGCGCCCCCAAAGGUUUUGUAAACAUUUCAUUUUUUUUUCUUCCUUUCGUUCUUUUUUCUUUUCUUUUCAGAAUUUGCUUGAGAAGAGCAUAUCUUAGCAAAUAUUAAUUUAAAUAAUAAAGAUGUGAAUAAGAAA